AUGGCCACUCCAAGGACGCCCUUUCGCGUCCUAUCUAGGACUGCGCAGUUGCUAUCUCAUCGACCAGCAUGGAAAUGCGCUUCUUGCAGAACUGUCACGCGCAUCCCUCGUCGCGGUGUCGCGACGGAGUCCAAGGCUCCGCGGAAGCCUUACUAUAUCACCACGCCAAUUUUCUACGUCAAUGCCUCACCUCACGUCGGUCACCUGUACACUAUGAUCCUCGCCGAUAUCCUGAAAAGAUGGAAAGUCCUGCGCGGAGAGACGAACGCCAAACUGUUGACCGGAACCGAUGAGCACGGAAUGAAGAUCCAACGGGCUGCCGCGGAAGCGGGCAUGGAUACACAGGCCUUUUGCGACAUGAACUGUCGGACGUUCAAGGAUCUCGCCAAGGCUGCAAAUAUCGACAAUGAUUACUUUAUCAGGACCACUGAUCCGGCUCAUCGCGAUGCCGUUCAGUAUUUCUGGGAAAUGUUGAAUCAUCGUGGAUAUAUCUACACUGCCAAGCAUGAAGGCUGGUAUUCCGUCAGCGAUGAGACUUUCUAUCCGCAGUCCCAGGUCCAAAACUCUCUCGAUCCCUCCACGGGCAAGAAAAGAAUGGUCUCAGUCGAAACGGGAAAGGAAGUCGAGUGGUCGUCAGAAACCAACUAUCAUUUCCGCCUCUCUGCCUUUCAGGAUCGUCUGCUUGACUUGUACAAGAAUGAACAACAGAAAUUCAUCACGCCCGGUAAAUACAGAGAGGAAGUCAUUCAAUCUGUUUCCUCGGGCUUGCAAGAUUUGUCUAUCUCGAGACCAGCGGAACGAUUGAACUGGGGCAUCCCUGUCCCCGGUGAUGACACGCAAACCAUCUAUGUAUGGCUAGAUGCGCUGGUCAACUAUCUGACCCAGGCUGGAUAUCCUUUCCCUCCCGGACAAGAGAAUCAGCACAUAUGGCCCGCCGAUGUACACGUGGUCGGGAAGGACAUUGUGCGCUUCCACUGCGUGUACUGGCCGGCGUUCCUCAUGGCUCUGGAUCUUCCUGUGCCUCGGAGGGUGCUGGUGCACGGCCACUGGACCAUGAACCAAAAGAAAAUGUCCAAGUCCACGGGUAAUGUUGUAAACCCGUUUUUCGCCAUCGAUCGUUUCGGAACCGACCCCAUGCGAUUUUUCCUUGCUUACAAGGGCUCUCUAUCGGCGGAUUCCGACUAUGACAAUGAGUUCAUUCUUCGCGAUUACCAGAAACGUCUCCUAGGAGGCAUCGGAAACCUCUCCACUCGCCUCGUCGGAUGUGCCAAACGAGGAGGAUGGAAACUUCCCGCCCUCAUCACGGACGCGAAGGAGGGCCGCCUUCCCACUCCCGGGAUUGAGGAUCGUAUGCUACAGGAGCAGCUUGAACGGGCUCCGGCUCAGGUUGCCAAACACAUGGAUCACCUGAACUCACGGGCUGCGCUCCAGCAUAUCAUGGACCUUUUGCAUGAGACGCAAAGACUUUUCCAUCUGAAGGAACCGUGGUCACAUCCCGAGCCCCAAUGGACCCUCUACAACACGGCUGAAGCACUGCGCAUUUCCGCCAUCCUGCUGCAGCCAUUUAUGCCCACAAAGUCCCUCGAAUUAUUGCAAUUGCUCGGCGUAGACAUCUCGGACCCCUCCAAGCGGACGUUUUCGGCUACUACGUACGGCUCCGAUCCAGAUUACGGUGCGGGCGUGGGCGUCAACAAGGUCACGCACCUUUUCCCUCGUCUGACGAGCGAA